AUGGCAAUUGUUUUGGUAAUUGGUUUUAAUCACAUCAAGAUACGACAUACUGAAGUAUUUUCAUCAUCUAACCAUUCAUCGAACUGGUCUAUAUCUGAUCAAUUUCGUUCUAUUAAUGGCAAAAAAUAUCAUAACGAAAAAAACUUUGUAUAUUUUUUACCUAACGAUGAUGAAGAAUGCGAUAGGUUAUGUUUGCUGUAUUAUAUAGAAAGAUGUAUUUGGCAAAGUAUCUUUUUCUCUCCAAUUGAAGAUCUCCUUAAUCGGGAUGGAACAAAGGUUCUAGAUGUAGGGUAA